AUCAAAUCCACUUUUUCUUCCUUCAAUUCCUCUGCUAUUUCUUCAACAACACCAAAGCAGAGGAAUAAAGGAACAGAUCAUUCUUUCAUUCUGCAGUUUUCUGCUCUUAUUCUUACAUAAGUCUUCCUUCGAGGAUGAGGGAUUUGGUGAUUAAAACGCGGGAACUCGCGCCGGUGUCUCCUCUGCCCGGAAACUCCCCUCGGGCGGAUGUAGGAGAGAUCGAUACGAGGGCGCCCUUCCAGUCCGUCAAGGACGCCGUGUCUCUGUUUGGCGAUGUCGUCUCGCCCAGGGGCAAGACGGCCGUCGCCAAGAAGAAGGCGGCCGUGGCGGCGGACGAGGGAUUGCUCGAAGCAGAGGCGCAGCUUGGCCUGAUGGCGAAGGCACGUCAAAGCUACACGCAACAGUUGCGAACCACCGAAGCCGCGAAAGCGCAAGCUCAGCGCGAGCUGCAGAUGGCCGAGCAGACGCUCGAGCAGCUCAACAGCAAGCUCCAAACGCUCACGGAUUCCAAGGAAGCGUCCGUUGCAGCUACCGAGGCUGCCAAAGCCCGAGCAGCGGAGCUGGAGGAGCGCGCGCAGCUGGACGACAAGGCGUUGGAGUCUGCCCUCGACAACGAGCGGGAACUUUGCAAAUCCACCGCAGCAGAACUCACGGCGUGUGAGGAUGAGCUCGCGAAUUUGAGACGGGAUUACGAUGCCGUCGCGAUGGAGAGUCUCGCGAUGCUCCAGAAAGCAGAAGAAGCCCAAGACGAGCUUCAGAAGAAGAGCCAGCUCAUGAAGGAAGUCGAACAACUUCAGGAGAUGUUCGAUCAGGUGAAGCAGGCCUCGCUCAAGGCUGAAGAGGAGUACACGAAGCUCAUCACGGAGAAGGACGAGUUGUUGCACGGUCAUAAACUAAACAAGGAGCGGAUCGAGAAAGAGAUCAAGAUCUUGGAAGAAGAACACUUACCUACCGAAAUUCUCCAGGCGAAGCUCGACGAGACAAUGGAGGCGAUCAGAGUUCUGCAAGAACAGCAGAACGACAUACAGUCCAAGGCUCUAUACACCAUCCGGCAGAUGACCACAGAGCUCGAGAGCGCCAAAAUGGCGUUGGAAGAAGCCGUGGCAGAGGAAAACUCGCUCCGAGCUUCUAAUGAUUCAACUGCAAAGCAACUGGAGGAUGUGAGGAGCGAGCAGAAUCGGAAGCAGAAGGCGGUGUCGGAAGCAGAAUCGACCACUGAGCAAAUGCAGAGCGAUCUAGAGAAGAGCGAGGCUGAGCUCGAGAAGGCUAAGGCAGGAUGUGGUUUCAUUAUGCAAUCUUGUGUGGAGAAGCUUCUAGAAGAUGCCGAAAUAGCUAGACACGAAGCAGAAAACAGUAAGAAGAGCGCUGAGUUACUACGCGAAGAGGCCAAAGCAGCAGUAGUUGUGACCCAAGAAGCGAGCGAAAAGCUCGGGACAGCGUUGAAGGAAGCUGAAGAAGCCAAGGGUGUAGAGAGGCUAGCAGAGGAACAAAUCUAUUGCUAUCAGGCUCACGCCGAUGCAGAAUCAAAUAGUUCAGGAUCGACUAGGAGGAUCAAAUUGACAGUCGAGGAGUUCGACUCUGUGAACGAGAAGAUCAACAAAAGCACAUGCAAUGCCGAUCAAGAAGUGGCCAAUGCCAUUGCCCAGAUAGAGGCUAUAAAUGCAAGAGACAGAGAAAAUUCAGAGAAAUUGGAGGCAUUGUUGAAGGAGAACGAGGCCUUACAGUCGGAAAUCAAGGAGGCUCUCAAGGAAGCAGAAAUGGCAGAGGCUGCCCGGAGGUUAGUUGAGACCGAACUCCAGAAAUGGCGUCAAAACGAACACAGUGGAGCUGCAAAAGCCAAAUAGUGAUCAGUACAUAGGUUUUUGGACAUGAGGGUCUAUAUUCAGGAAAGCAAUAGCAAAUCGCUUACUGGCUAGAGAAAAUGGAGAAUAACGAGACAACGAACAUACCUCAUCAGCAUGUCCAUGAGGCAGCACGAGAA